AUGUACGCUUGCUGCUCUACAGUAACUUUGGAACAGGACCUCAACAAAAAAAUGCAUAUCUGGAUGCUGCAGACGAUCGCAUUUGCUUUAACAUCACUAGUCCUUUCGUGGGCAGAAAGCAUCGAGUAUUAUGGGGAAAUCUGUGAUAAUGCGUGUCCUUGUGAGGAGAAGGACAGCAUCUUAACAGUGAGCUGUGAAAACAGAGGGAUCAUCAGCCUUUUUGAGAUCAGUCCACCAAGGUUCCCUGUCUACCACCUCUUGUUGUCUGGGAACCUUUUGAACAGGCUGUACCCAAACCAGUUUGUAAAUUAUACGGGGGCUUCAAUUUUGCAUCUGGGGAGCAAUGACAUACAAGACAUUGAAACUGGGGCCUUUCAUGGUCUGAGAGGUUUAAGAAGGCUGCACCUGAACAAUAACAAGCUGGAACUUUUACGGGAUGACACUUUCCUUGGGCUAGAGAGUUUGGAAUACCUACAGGUCGAUUAUAAUUAUAUUAGUGUCAUUGAACCCAAUGCCUUCAGCAAACUACACUUGCUGCAGGUGCUGAUUCUGAAUGAUAACCUCCUCUCCAGUUUGCCCAACAACCUUUUCCGUUUUGUGCCCUUAACUCACCUGGACCUGAGGGGUAACCGGCUGAAGCUGUUGCCCUAUGUGGGCCUUUUGCAGCAUAUGGAUAAAGUGGUGGAGCUACAGCUGGAGGAAAACCCCUGGAAUUGCUCUUGUGAGUUGAUUGCUCUAAAGGAUUGGCUAGACAGUAUCUCCUACUCUGCCCUGGUAGGAGAUGUGGUUUGUGAGACCCCUUUCCGCUUACAUGGUCGAGACUUGGAUGAAGUCUCCAAGCAGGAGCUUUGCCCCAGGAGGCUCAUCUCGGAUUAUGAAAUGAGACCGCAGACACCAUUGAGCACCACAGGGUACUUCCACACUACCCCGGCUUCGGUCAACUCUGUGGCCACUUCUUCUUCAGCUGUUUACAAAUCCCCCUUGAAGCCCCCCAAAGGGACCCGCCAACCCAACAAGACAAGGGUGCGCCCCACCUCCCGCCUGCCCUCAAAAGACCUGGGAUACAGCAACUAUGGCCCCAGCAUUGCCUACCAGACCAAAUCCCCGGUGCCUUUGGAGUGCCCCACUGCCUGCACCUGCAACUUGCAGAUUUCUGACCUGGGCCUCAAUGUUAAUUGUCAGGAGAGGAAGAUUGAGAGCAUUUCUGAACUGCAGCCCAAACCCUAUAAUCCCAAGAAGAUGUAUCUGACAGAAAACUACAUUGCACUGGUACGCAGGGCAGAUUUUGUGGAUGCCACUGGGUUGGAUUUGCUGCAUCUGGGCAAUAAUCGGAUCUCGGUCAUUCAGGACCGAGCUUUUGGGGAUUUAACUAAUUUGCGAAGGCUGUACCUGAACGGGAACCGGAUUGAGCGGCUGAGCCCAGAGCUGUUCUAUGGGCUGCAAAGCCUGCAGUACCUCUUCCUGCAGUACAAUGUCAUUCGAGAGAUAGAGGCAGGCACCUUUGAAUCUGUCCCCAACCUUCAGCUCUUGUUUUUGAACAACAAUCUGCUGAGGUCUUUGCCGGGGAACAUUUUUUCUGGUCUGUCUCUCUACAGGCUGAGCCUGCGGAGCAACCACUUCUCCUACCUGCCAGUGAGCGGGGUGCUGGACCAGCUGAAAUCCCUGCUGCAGAUCGACCUGCACGAGAACCCCUGGGACUGCACCUGCGACGUGGUGGGCAUGAAGCUGUGGCUGGAGCAGCUCAACACCGGUGUCCUGGUGGACCAGGUUAUCUGCGAGUCCCCUAAGAAGUUUGCCCAGAGCGACAUGCGGGCCGUCCGGGCGGAGCUGCUGUGCCCCGACUACUCGGACAUCCUCGUCUCCACGCCCACGCCGUCCCCGGGCCAGCUGCCGGCCAGGACCACCCCCUCCUCCUCCACCGUGCGCCUUAACGGCACGGCGGCGGCGGGCGGCUCCGCGUCCGCAGGCGGCCCCGGCGGCAGCGGCUCCUCCGUGCCGCUCUCGGUGCUGAUCCUCAGCCUGCUGCUGGUCUUCAUCAUGUCCGUCUUCGUGGCGGCGGGGCUCUUCGUCCUGGUGAUGAAGCGGCGCAAAAAGGGCCAGGGUGACCACGCAAGCGCCAACAACUCCGACGUGAGCUCCUUCAACAUGCAGUACAGCGUCUACAGCGGCGGCCACCAACAGCACCACCACCACCCCCACCUCCAGCAGCACCCGCCCCACCGCGGCGGCGGGGGGGGCGGCGGGGGCGGGGGGAGCGCGGCGUUGCCCAAAGUGAAGACCCCCGCCGGCCACGUCUACGAGUACAUCCCGCACCCCUUGGGCCACAUGUGCAAAAACCCCAUCUACCGCUCCCGGGAGGGCAACGCGGGUGAGGAUUACAAAGACCUCCACGAGCUCAAGGUCACCUACAGCAGCCACCCCCUGCAACCCGGGGGGGGCGCGCCGCCGCCCCCGCCGCCGCCGGCGGCCGGCGGGGAGGAUGCGCCUGUGCGCAGCCCCGCGUACAGCGUGAGCACCAUCGAGCCGCGGGAGGAGCUGCUCUCCCCGGUGCAAGACGCCGAUCGCUUUUACAGGGGCAUUUUGGAGCCCGACAAACACUCCUCGUCCACGCUGGGUACACCCGGUUCCACCCUCCCCGACUACCCCAAGCUCCCCGCCGCCUACACCUACUCCCCCAACUAUGACCUUAGGCGUGCGCACCAGUACUUGCACCCGGGGCCGGGGGAUGGCAGGCUCCGGGAGACGGUGCUCUACAGCCCGCCGAGUACUGUCUAUGUAGAGCCCAACAGGAACGAGUACCUGGAGCUAAAAGCAAAACUAAAUGCAGAGCCGGACUACCUCGAAGUGCUGGAAAAACAGACCACAUUCAGCCAGUUCUGAGAAACAGCCCCCCCCCCCGCCCCCUCCGCCCCCACCCCGCCAGCCACAGCAACUCCUUCUCUAGAGUAUUUGUAUUUAACAACCACACGCCAAACAAACGUAAAUGCAGACCUCCCCCCCCCACCUCGCCCCUCCCCUCCUUUUUUUUCCCCGUUAAAUUCAUUUUAUUGUAGGGUGAAGUGCCUUGGCACAGAAUUUUUCAGCUUCGGGGAAUGAUUCUGGA